GCGCUGGCCCUGCUAAUGGCAUCAGUGGAGCUAAGGUUCUAACAGCACCAACAGCAACAGUCAUCAGUCAACAGGCAGCAAUCAACCGUUUAGCAACAGUUCAGUGCAACAGUUCAUCAAUCAAAGGAUACUCCAGUUCAACAUGCGCUACGCUCUGCUCGUCGUAUUCCUGUGCGGACUUAUGUUUGCCAUUGCCUCGGCCGGACUCCUGGGCGGAGGCGGCGGUGGUGGCGGCUAUGGUGGUGGCGGUGGACACGGCGGCGGCGGCGGCGGCCAGGGAGGCUGGCAAAAGAACGGCGGCGGCGGCGGCGGCGGUGGACAGGGCGGCUGGCAAAAGAAUGGCGGCGGCGGCGGUGGCGGUGGAUACGGCGGUGGUGGCGGCGGCGUCAAGUCCCUGGCCGGCAAUCGCGGCAGCUCCGUAUCCUGGCAAGGCGGUAACGGCGGUGGAAAGCAUGGCGGCGGCGGCGGUGGCGGCGGCGGUGGCUAUGGAGGUGGUGGCGGCAAGCACGGCGGCGGCGGUGGAGGCGGUGGCAAGCACGGUGGUGGCGGCUGGUAAAAACAACCAACCAACCAACCAAACCAAACGCUCAACUCCCGAACCACACACAACGAGAACUGCAAGACGAAACGAAAUGUAAAUACUCCGGCUACUCCUGCGGCUGACAUGUGUUCCACGGCAUAGAUAUAGAGCUAGAGGCAUUACCCACAAGUGCUAUACUUUAACUUUUUUUUUUGAAUUUUUUUGUUCGCUUACCCAACUAGUUACACCCAAAGUUUCUCAAGUCUUUUCCUUCCUCUCUACUUUUAAUUGUACUAAUAAAUAAACGUUCAUUUUGCUAAA